CCUGUUUACCAUAUCACUGUGUCUCAUAUACAUCCGGGCCACACAGCCACAAACUUCAAAAGGCUGUAGAUUAAAAUAUACACGUUUUUAAUGGUGCUUUUACGGUUCAAGGGACAGAUUAACAAUAUUUCUACACUAUAAACAUGAAAAACAGCAUUGAGAACACGGUUAAACAUCUCUGUGGCCUUGAAAAAUAGAGUUGGUGAAAAAAGGGUUAGCAUUUUUCAAGUGUCGUAUUUCUGAUAGUUGAGAAGGAAGAGGAAGAGGAAGAGGAGGAGGAGGAGGAGGUAAUCAGCUGUUUCUUUGGCUGAGAGGAGGAUAAAGAAGAGGAAAAGGAAGAGUUUGGAAGACGAAAGAGGAAAAUGACGAAGAGCGCGUUCGGCAGCAGAGCAAACAGCAGCAACAGCAGGACUGGCAGCAGUAGAAGCGAGGCACGAGGAGGAGGAGGAGGAGGAGGAGGAGGAGGAGGAAGCGGAGGAGGAGGAGGAGGAGGAGGAGGGCUAAGUGUGUGGGAGAUGGCUGUGGCAGAGGGAAAGAAGAAGAGAAGUGGGUUGGUGUCUGAUGGUGACAAGGCGCCCAGGGAAGCUACUGUGCUUUUAGUUGGGACUCGUGGCUCGGGUAAGACUACACUGCUACAACGGUUCCUGGACAGAGAAGAGACAGCCAGACAGACGCUUGCUCUGGAAUACACCUAUGGGAGGAAGACUGGCCGUACCCUGGUAAAGGACGUGUGUCAUCUGUGGGAAUUAGGCGGCGGUUCUCUCUUCACGCCCCUUCUCGCCACGCCCAUCACGCCCAGGGUUCUCCCACGCCUCUCCCUCGUUCUCACCCUUGACCUCUCCCGCCCCUCCACCCUCUGGACUGACCUUCUUUCCCUCAUCGCCGCUCUCAAGGAGGAGGUUGGGAAGGCAGCAGCAGUGAUACCAGAAAUGAAAGAAACCUUGGAAGCCGCAGCCAAGAAGAGAUUGGAGACUGGAGGCAAUAGUGUCGAGUCAGAGGUCACGCCCUUCAUGGUGCCCCUGGUCAUCAUAGGAGGCAAAUAUGACCUCUUUCAGGAGCUUGACCCCGAGGAAAAGAAGGUCAUUUGCAGGGCACUGAGGUUCGUGGCACACACACACGGGGCGUCUCUGCAGUUCUUCUCAGCAAGGGACCCUGGGCUGGUCAAGAAGGCAAAGGAAGUACUAAGCCAUCUUGCUUUUGGGACGGCUGAGAGCCGGAGUCUAGCCCAGGAUUACAACAAGCCGCUGUUAAUUCCUGCUGGUAGUGACUCGCUAACGACCAUUAACCUGAACGAGGCCCUUAAUUUGGACACCUGGAGCCACAAGUUCACUGCUAAAUAUCCACAGGAGGGGCAGGAGGGGUCAACAGCCCUACCGGAGGACCCAGCACGUGACCCGACCUACGCCGAGGCUGACGUGGACAACCUCAGGACACAGAAAGAUGAGGAGUUGGAGAGAAUCAGAAGAGAAGUCGGGAGGAACAGUUCACGCUGGGCUGACCUUGACCUGAACUGAGAAGGAGGAGGAGGAGGAGGAGGAGGAGGAGGAGGAGGAGGAGGAG